GGCCACAGUGAGAAUACAAGAAAGUAAUCAAGAAGGCCAAACACUUAAUACAUGUAAAAUGGAACCCUACUCCAACCAAAGUCUGCUACAAAGCAGGGUCAGUUCGCUUUUGCAAAAAUGUGUUGAUGGCUGCUCUAAUUUUCGCCGCUGGGGUUCCUUGUCAUGCAGUGUAUAUGAUACGGCCUGGGUUUCUAUGAUCUUUAGGGAUGUUGUCAACGGACAGCCUAAAUGGCUAUUUCCAGCUUCCUUCGGCUAUCUUCUUCUGAACCAGUCCACGGGAGGGGGAUGGUGUAGUGAAACUACAUCUGAAAUAGACGCCAUCCUCAACACCUCAGCAGCUCUGUUAGCUCUGAAGACUCAUCAGCAAUAUGAAGACGGAGGCGAGGGCGAAAUCAUGGUUGGUGACCUUCAUCAACGCAUCCAAAAUGCAACAGCUUUUCUCCAGGCCAAAUUGGAGACAUGGGAUGUCGAAGCUACAGACCAUGUAGGUUCUGAGAUUCUGGUCUCAGCGCACUUGCGAUUGCUGUCAGAGAAAGGAAUCACAUUCGAUUUCCCAGGUAGUGAAAGUUUGAAGCGUCUCAAUAAAGAGAAACUCAAGAAAUUCUCUCCAGAAUUGUUGUACGGCUCAGAGCCAAUUACCCUGAUUCAUUCGCUGGAGGCUUUUGCCGGACAGAUCGACUUUGACAAGCUCAGCCAUCGAUUGAAUUUCGGAAGCAUGUUGGCUUCUCCAUCAUCAACUUCUGCGUAUCUUAUCUAUGCAAAUUCAUGGAAUGAUAGUGCCGAAGCAUAUAUUUGUUCUGUCGUUGAGCAUACGCAAGGCGGGGAUUCAGGGGCUGUUCCAAGUGUAUUUCCAUCCACCAUAUUUGAAAUCACUUGGGUUAUCUCCACACUGUUAGAAAACGGACCCCCUCUCGAUAAAAUCCAUAUGGAGCAAUUUGGAAUCAUAACCGGAUUCCUUAAAGAUCAGCUACACACCCACGGCGAGGUUAUCGGCUUUGCUUCUGGCGUCAUUGCAGACGCUGACGACACGGCGCGAAUUAUCUUGACUCUGAAUCUGGCAGGGAUAAACAUCUCCCCAAAUCAACUGAUCAAAACCUUUAAACAUAUUGACCAUUUUCAAACCUAUGUUGGAGAGAGAAAUCCCAGUAUCAGUACCAACUGCAAUGUGCUUGAUGCUCUACUGCAUACUGCAGAUCCAGAUGUUCAUAUUGUCGAGAUCGCUCUGAUCAUUCGCUUUCUCUAUAAGCUCUACAGUAAGGGAGAACUGAAUGAUAAAUGGAACACUUCUGCGAUGUAUGUCCGAAUGCUUUUGGCAAACCCGCUCAGCAAAUUAUGGCGUUUGCGUGCAAUGGGCUCGCUACCAUCACUACCUGAAGAUUGUCAACAAAUUGCCCCUCUUGUCCUUAAUGAUAUUUUAUUCAAGACCAUCCACGAACAAGGUCAUGACGGGUCGUGGCACAAUAAGUGCCCCGAGGUGACUGCAUACACUCUAUUAGCUCUUGCUUCGAUAUCCAACACUCCGCUCGGAUUGAUUCCGAAGGAGGAACUUCAGAGCAGUAUAACAAAAGGGAGAAUGUAUCUUGAAGCAAAUAAAAGCCUAUGGGAUCAAGGAGAAGCGAUCUGGAAAGAGAAAGUCUCAUAUAAGUCGUCUCUCUUAUCCGAAGCGUAUUGCACGGCAGCCGUUCGAGCACUUACAUUCACCUGGGACACAGCAGGCAAAGAAGACUGUCUAGACGCGAUUAAUAUAUCGUCCACAAGAGUAAAGAAGUUUUCAAAGUUUUACUCUUGUCUGCCACUUUUCUCGGAAGAGCCACUUUGGAGACUGAAUACUGCGUUGUUCGAAAGCUACCUAUGGCUGCCCCAGUUAAUUGCCUCAAAACUCAACAUCUUUCCCAAUGUCGAGAAUCCAGAAAAUGACAAAUAUCUGGAAUAUAUUCCUCAAACAUGGGCAAUCUGCAAUGCAAAAAAUGGCAAUUCGCUAGAACCGGGCUUCAUGUGGGAAAUGAUGAUGGUCUCAAUGCUGAACUUUCAGGUUGACAGAUUCAUUGAGGCUGUAAUUGGUCAGGAGCACAUGAUUAACCAUGUCAAUGCCGUAAAAUCGAUUGUUCAUUGCCUGUUUGAUGAAGAGGGUGUCGCCGAGCAUGACACAGAUGGACAGACUGUUUUCCAAAAGUCAUCUUUUUCAACCUGCGAGCGACAUAAUGGCACGAAACUACCAACAGAAAAACGUGCCACCCAAGAUUGCGCAAUUUCCACGGAAACACAGUACGAUUGUGAUCAGAUCAAGCUCGUGUUCCGCCGCUUCAUCACCUACAUCCUAACUCGCCCAGCCGUUCUAUGCUCUCCAAAAUCCUUGAAAUGCUCACUCCGACGUGAACUGAAAGCAUUUCUUCUUGCUCAGCUCACGCAGGCGGAGGAAAGCCGUAUGUUUUGUUUACAAACUGACCGAACUAAAGCCCACCCAGUUUGCUUCAGCGAUGCACCAACUUCUUACUUUCAAUGGGUGCACUCCACCGCCUCUGAGAAUACCAGUUGUCCAUACUCGUAUCAUUUCUUCAACUGCCUCAUUUCUUAUUAUAAGGGAUAUGGAAAGCGCGGCUGCCACCCUGAUAAAGUCUCAGGCAUGAAGGCAGCAGGAGCUGUUUUAUAUGGCGUUCGACAACGCUAUCUUUCCGAAGCUCUAUGUCAGCAUCUUGCAACAAUGUGUCGGCAAUAUAACGACUAUGGAAGUGUGCUGAGGGAUCAAGUCGAGGGUAAUUUGUCUAGUGUAAAUUUUUCAGAGUUUUGGGAGGGAUUGCCAGACCACAAAGACGGUUGCGAGAGCAACGAGAUGACUAUCAAGGCAAACUUGAUGUGGGUGGCAGAGUACGAACGAAAGGGCUGUAUGCGGGCACUGGAGAGGUUGGAUGAAUUGGGGUUAGAUGAGCAGACGAAGAGAAUGAUUAAGACUUUUGUGGACGUGACCGAUCUGUAUGGGCAGAUAUAUGUGGCUAGGGACAUUGGAACCAGGAUCAAGACUGAUUGAUUGCAUUCCGUCUACGUUCCAGUUGUUUCCUCCCUAUUUAUAGUUUGCGUUGAACCGUAGGAUGUGUUGGAUUGUACGUAACAAUCUCAAGUGGUAUAUCUCAACGUAUCAAAUUAUGUAUGCACGAAGUAUGGAAUCCUUGAUCCUUGUUGUC